AUGAAGGCAAAUAAUAUCAAAAUAUUUCAGGAGACCGCUACAAGGUUGGAGAAGAGGGCUAGGAGCACUGAGCGGUCGGAGGAGUACGUGGACAACGAGAUGCGCAAACUCUUGAGUAGAUACAAGUUUGAGUAUCGUGAGACCGCUUUGGAUCACUCUAGCCGUACCAUGGCGAGGGAUUUUCAGGCUCUUGAUCCAGAUCCUUUGCCCAUCGCCAAGCACACCACCUCGUCCAUUGCCGACUCCACCAUGUCUACCCCAAGCGUGACGUCAUCCACUAGCGCCAUUGCUUCCUCCACUGACGACCCCACCCUGUCUACUGAUGGCCUGACGUCGUUCACUUCCAGCACCAAUGCCACCCCUAUCACUACCACAGAGGCUGGUGAGGGGCAUCAUGUGUUCUUUGACCCUAGCACUGCCGUGGCCAUAAUGCUAAAGAUUGCCGGCGUGGAUGUUGGUGCAGGCUUCAAAGAGUUCCAAUGUGAAGCGGCCUCAAUCGUCAAUGACAUGACCAAGAAGCUUACUCUUGAGCGGUUACCGAUGUUCAUGGCAUGCAAUUACAUUUUGCAUCUCGAUUUGGAUCUUCCGGGCGUCGACGAAGACGACAUGGACAGGGUGCGGGAGUCUCUGCACGGGUUUCAAACCUUGACAUUUGACGGCCUCAUGGAAGCUUCCUCGGUGGACAUAGCGUUUCGGCUGCACAACGAGGACACGCAGGCACAUGCAUCGCUUGAUGCCUUGAUGUCCAUGGUGUUCCCUGCGUCUCACCGCAAUGUUGAGUUAAGUUGGGCAAACAGGGCGUCCAUUGGCUCCAGGGACCGCCGAGGAGACUCCAACAAACCUGACGCCACCAUUGUCAAGGAUACGUCUGUUGUCGGAUUUGUGGAGAUCAAGCCGCCGGGAGAGGAGCGGCUUGAGAGGGUGUUCCUGGACGGCCAGUGGGCACUUGACACUUUUGCUAAGGACUCCAUUGACUAUCAUAUACGUCAUGGCCGCGGCUUAAAGACCAUUCCAUGCCUCCAAGUCUUUGGAUUUCAGCUGAUCCUCUACAAGCUUGAGUUCACAUCUGGCCUCUAUGUCUGGCAACAUGUGGGAGCCGCGUAUCUUCCUCGUGAUAUGAAUGACCACGGCACUAUUGCAGGAUCUAUUGCUUUGUUGCACACUUUCAUGAGCGGAAAGAAGGACUUCAAUGUCACCUCCCAUAGUAAUAGCAAAUCCACAGGAACCUCACAAAGCCUUUCUGCUCUACAAGAUAACCCCACCUAG